GUUCACCGCUUGGAAACACUAAAAAUAUCGGCCCCCAACUUGGCCUUGCCGUCCCCACACGCACACGCACAAGCAAACCCGCACGCACACGCGCACAUAUAAAUAGCUCGCAAUUUCCUCCCCAGUCUCGCCCAAUCGAACCCAAAUCUUUAGCAGUUCUCCGACCAUCGCUCCAGCGGUUUUCGUGGCUGUGCCUGCUCACACGAUGAAGAAGAAUAGAAGGGGCUGGGGUGUGGUUCUGCGAAUCAGCCUUGAUUUGUGUGAUCUCCAUGCGGUGCAUGUCUUGCUGUUGUUAUGAGAGAAAAAAAAAAAGAAAGAGAACGAGAAGGAAAAGGGCGGAGUCAGGAGUGGAUGAAGCUGGCAUCGGCGGGGUUCCAGACCGAACACAUGCCGGGCAACAAGUGCGGUAACCGUAACUCAACGCGCGUCGAGCGGUUGAUGCGCGAGCACGAGCUGCGGAAACUAAACCGCGCGUUUAACUUCGAGGAAGGGAGUAGCAGGGGUGAGAUCCCUUGGGGCCCUGGACCUAUUGAGCACGACGCCGAGGACGAACAAACCCCGGCUGCUGCUGCUGCUGCUGCUGCUGUUGCCGACGACGACGACGACGACGACGACGACGACGACGAGGAGGAGGAGGAGACCUCUGAGGAUACUAGUGCUAUUCCACGAAUGAACUCCAGCCAGGGCUUCUGUAUUGGCAGGGACCGAACUCCUUUCAAGCAACGCUUGCUCGUCGUUGCGAAUCGGUUGCCUGUUUCGGCCAUCCGUCGUGGGGAGGAAUCGUGGUCGCUGGAGAUCAGUGCCGGUGGCCUCGUCUCUGCUCUUCUUGGCGUGAGAGAUGUUGAUGCUAAAUGGAUUGGAUGGGCUGGCGUGAAUGUGCCAGAUGAGGUUGGGCAGAAAGCCCUUACAAAGGCAUUGGCCACAAAGAGAUGCAUUCCGGUCUUUCUUGAUGAAGAAAUAGUACAUCAGUACUACAAUGGCUACUGCAACAAUAUCCUGUGGCCCCUUUUUCAUUACCUUGGGCUCCCUCAAGAAGAUCGACUUGCGACCACUCGUAGUUUCCAAUCCCAAUUUGAUGCGUAUAAGCGAGCAAACCAGAUGUUUGCUGAUGUUGUAAGCCAACAUUAUGAAGAGGGGGAUGUGAUUUGGUGCCAUGACUACCAUCUCAUGUUUCUUCCAAAAUGCUUGAAGGAGCAUGAUAGAAACAUGAAAGUUGGUUGGUUUCUCCACACACCAUUCCCCUCGUCGGAAAUUCAUAGGACCUUGCCAUCCCGGUCAGAAUUGUUGAGAUCUGUUCUUGCAGCUGAUUUAGUCGGUUUCCACACAUAUGACUAUGCAAGGCACUUUGUUAGUGCUUGCACAAGAAUCCUUGGACUUGAGGGUACACCAGAAGGGGUGGAAGAUCAAGGAAAGAUGACUCGAGUUGCUGCGUUUCCAAUUGGGAUAGACUCUGAUCGGUUUAGACGAGCUCUUGAACUUUCAACAGUGAAAGAGCGCAUCCGUGAGCUGGAGAAAAGAUUUGCUGGUCGAAAGGUAAUGUUGGGUGUUGAUCGUCUUGACAUGAUAAAAGGGAUCCCUCAAAAGAUUUUGGCCUUUGAAAAGUUCCUAGAGGAGAAUCCAUCAUGGCAUGAUAAAGUAGUUCUAUUGCAAAUUGCUGUACCAACAAGAACAGAUGUUCCUGAGUAUCAGAAACUUACCAGUCAGGUCCAUGAAAUUGUCGGCCGCAUAAAUGGCCGUUUUGGGACACUAACAGGCGUUCCCUUACUUCAUCUGGAUCGCUCCCUCGAUUUCCAUGCAUUAUGUGCUCUGUAUGCUGUUACUGAUGUGGCUCUGGUGACGUCAUUGAGAGACGGGAUGAAUCUUGUGAGCUAUGAAUUUGUGGCAUGCCAAAAUGCAAAGAAAGGGGUCCUCAUACUUAGUGAGUUCGCUGGAGCAGCACAAUCUCUCGGGGCUGGCGCCCUUCUGGUGAACCCAUGGAAUAUCACCGAAGUCGCUAACUCAAUUUUCAUUGCAUUAACCAUGAAUCCUGAGGAGAGAGAAAAAAGGCAUAGACAUAAUUUUGCACAUGUGACUACACACACAGCUCAAGAGUGGGCACAAACCUUUGUAAGUGAACUGAAUGAUACUGUAGUUGAGGCUCAAAUAAGAACAAGACAAGUUCCACCUUUGCUUCCUUCCCAGACCGCAGUUGAACAAUAUAUGCACGCCAAAAACCGACUACUCAUUUUGGGGUUCAAUUCAACACUGACAGGAUCAGUUGAAUCGUCUGGACGAAGAGGAGGUGAUCAAAUUAAAGAGAUGGAGCUGAAAUUGCACCCAGAAUUAAAAGGCCCUCUAAGUAAUCUAUGUGAUGACCCAAAGACAACUGUUGUUGUACUCAGCGGGAGUGACCGAAGUGUUUUAGAUGAUAAUUUUGGCGAGUACCAUAUGUGGCUGGCAGCAGAAAAUGGGAUGUUUCUGCGCCGGACAGAGGGUGACUGGAUGACAACAAUGCCAGAGCAUUUGAACAUGGACUGGGUUGAAAGUGUAAAGCAUGUUUUUGACUACUUCACUGCCAGAACACCGAGAUCUCAUUUUGAACACCGUGAGACUUCACUAGUGUGGAAUUACAAGUAUGCAGAUAUUGAAUUUGGAAGGCUUCAAGCAAGGGACAUGCUACAACAUUUGUGGACAGGCCCAAUCUCCAAUGCAGCUGUUGAUGUUGUCCAAGGUAGUCGAUCUGUUGAGGUCCGAUCAGUUGGAGUUACCAAGGGUGCCGCAAUUGAUCGAAUAUUGGGAGAAAUAGUUCACAGCAAAAGCAUGGUUACACCAAUUGAUUAUGUUUUGUGCAUUGGCCACUUCCUAGGAAAGGAUGAAGACAUAUAUACAUUUUUCGAGCCAGAGCUUCCUCCUGAAUCUGUAAGUUCAACCAGAGCAAAGGCAGCCGAUGCUAAGGCUCCCAACGACAGGGGCCCUGCAGUGAAGCCAUUUAAUAACAAAAGCAACUCAAAGCCAUCUCAUGGAAAAACACAGAAGGUUACAGUGGGUCCAGAAAGGAAAGUAGCAAUGCCUGCUAGUCCCCAAAUAGGAGGACAGUUUCCUCAGGAGAUUACAGCAUGGCAUGAAGGAUCAUCAGUGCUCGAUCUGAAAGGCGAGAACUACUUCUCUUGCGCGGUGGGAAGGAAACGCUCGAAUGCAAGGUACCUGCUGAACUCAUCCGACGAUGUCGUUAUGUUCAUCAAGCAAUUGGCUGAAGCAAGCAAUGAAGCCGAUGGGAAAUCAUGAAUCAGCCUAGUUGCGGCGGAUAUCUGCCCAAGAAUAAAAGCCUUUGCCUGAUCACAUGACAGGAGUAUGAUAUUCACCUGCACAGUUCUUAAAUGAUUCCAGAUGCUAAUCAACAUGACCCAAAAAAAAAAAAAAAUCAUGUGUACAUGACCUUCAUGAAAGUCUGUAGGAAAAGAACAUGCUGGCUAUAGUAUGAUGAUCUUCAAUUUUUACAGCAAGCAUAGCCACUGUAAAUAUGGCACCUUUUUCA